AUGUCCAGCAAGCCGAACAUGGCGUCUCAUCGUGAGGAUGUUGAGGAUCAAAAGGGCAAGGUUAACGUUGGCCUUCUCGAAGAGAUCAGUCCCGAAGCCCAGCUUGCAACCAUCGCAGAACAUGAAUUAGAUAUCCGCACGGCACUGAAGCUUUAUCCCCAAGCAGCUGCUUGGUCCUUCUUUUUCUCUCUUGGGGUAAUCAUGACGGGCUAUGACCCUCAGGUCAUUGGGAAUCUCUAUGGAGUUCCUAGAUUCCAAGAAGAUUUCGGAUAUCUGUUCAAAGGGAAAUGGAUAAUCUCUGCUGCCUGGCAGUCUGGUCUCAGUAUGGGAAGUCCCAUAGGCCAAGUUGUAGGCUCUCUAGCCGCUACAUAUCCGAUGGAGUGGUUUGGUAGGAAGAAAACUUUUGCAGCUUGCGUCGUCAUUACGACGAGCUGUGUCUUCAUUCAGUUCUUUGCACGCUCCUUAAAAGUAUUGAUCGUUGGUGAGCUCCUUGGAGGUCUAGUCUUGGGAUCGUAUGCGGUCAUUGCUCCCGCCUAUGCUUCGGAGGUUUGCCCCGUUGCUCUACGUGGUAUUUUGACUGCAUACGUGAACCUCUGUUUUGUGAUCGGCCAGUUUACAGCAAACGGGAUUUCUGCCGCAACACACGGGCUAGACAACCACUGGGCAUACAGUGCCCCUUUUGCGACUCAAUGGUUUUGGCCAGCCGUAAUCCUUGCUGGGCUCUUCUUUGCCCCUGAGAGUCCAUGGUGGCUCGUCAGGAAGGGGAGGCUGGAAGACGCCGAAAAUUCACUUCGAAGGCUCGCAGUAUCGACAGUUGACGUCAAACCAACCUUGGAAGUGAUUAUCGAAACCGAUCGCCUUGAACAAGAGCUGGAAGCCGGAACUACUUUCCGUGAUUGUUUCAAGAGAUCCAGCCUUCGCCGCACCCAGAUUGCCAUCGGUGUAUACAGCAUUCAAGUUCUCGCCGGAAUUUAUCUCAUUGGAUACUCCAACUACUUUUUCACUCUGGCUGGUCUCCCUACCGAUGAUGCAUUCAAUAUGGGUGUCGGCUUUCUCGGUGUGGGAUUUCUGGGAUGCAUCUUAUCCUGGAUUCUACUUGCAUACUUUGGGCGUCGGGUGAUCUACAGCAGCGGCCUUGCUGGACUGGCAGUUAUUCUCUUUAUCGUCGGCAUCCUGGAUUGUGUGCCCAACUAUACGGAACGGCCCAAGGUAAUUUGGGCUCAGUCUUCCAUGAUGCUGUUGUGGAAUUUUGUCUAUGACCUCUCAGUUGGGCCUGUGUGUUUCGUUAUUCUAUGUGAAUGUUCGGCGACCAAACUUCGAGGGAAGACGAUCGCCAUCUCAACGGCUAUUCAAGCUCUCUUCGGCAUAGUUAUGACGGUUGCGAUUCCUUAUAUGAUAAAUCCGGAUGCUGGGAAUAUGAGAGGGAAAUUAGGGUUCUUUUUUGGUGGAUUGGCUGUUCUUUGUUUUAUAUGGACUUAUUUUUGUGUCCCUGAGACGAAAGGGCGGACUUAUGAGGAACUUGACAUCAUGUUUGAAAGGAGGGUUCCUACAAGGGAGUUCAAGAACUACAGAAUUCUCUAG